UAUUGUCGCUCUUGUCUAGGGCGGAACAUCGCUUAGCCAGCUACAACCAAGACUCGAGAACAACGCUUGGCCAAACAAACCAUCAUGGUGGUCAGUUAGACAUGAUAGAACUAGUUGUGCGACGUUAGAAGAGCGUUAAAUCUUGGUACCGCGGCUUGAGCAACCAUAUAAAAUAUGACCACAACUCAAGCCAUUGUCCAAACAUAACUAUCGUCAACCUCGCAGGUCCUCAACAACAAUGGCGAGCUUCAUGUCUCGACUGCUUCUUGCUCUACUAUCUUUGGUUGGCUUUGCACAGUGCCUUAGUCCUGCACAAUGGAGAAGUCAGUCGAUCUAUCAAGUCCUCACCGAUCGCUUUGGAAGGACUGAUGGCUCGACAACCGCCUCUUGCGAUGUCAACAACUACUGUGGAGGUACAUGGCAAGGUAUCAUUAACAAGCUUGACUACAUCCAGCAGAUGGGCUUUACUGCGAUUUGGGUCAGUCCCGUCGUGAAGAAUAUCAGAACGUCUGGACAAGAUGGCGACUCGUAUCAUGGAUACUGGGCCCAGGACAUAUAUCAGGUCAACACCAACUUUGGCUCUGCUGCCGACCUGAUAUCACUGUCAAAGGCUCUGCAUGCCCGUGGCAUGUACCUGAUGGUAGAUAUUGUCACGAACCAUAUGGGAUAUGCUGGCUGCGGUAAUUGUGUUGACUAUUCCCAAUUCAACCCUUUCAACAAGCAGUCUUACUAUCACCCAUUCUGUCUCAUCGACUACAACAACCAGAAUAGUGUGGAACAGUGCUGGGCCGGGGACAACAUUGUGUCUCUCCCAGAUUUGAGAACAGAAGACGAUGCUGUACUAUCCAUGUGGAAAACCUGGAUCGCACAGCUUGUGGCAAAUUACACCAUUGAUGGUCUCCGUAUCGAUAGUGCCAAAUCAGUCAACAAAGCUUUCUAUCCGCCCUUCGAACAAGCAGCCGGUGUAUACAUAGCCGGCGAAGUGUAUGAAGGCAACCCAACCACCUUUUGCGACUACCAGAAUUAUAUGGAUGGCAUGCUGAACUUCCCUUCUUAUUACUGGAUUACCCAAGCCUUCCAAUCCACCUCCGGCAGCAUCAGCAAUCUCUACAACGGCAUAAAUACCCUCAAGUCAUCAUGCAAAGACACCACCCUCCUCGGCUCCUUCAUGGAGAAUCACGACCUCGCUCGUUUUCCCUCGCUGACCAAUGACUACGCACUCGCCAAAAACGCCAUCGCUUUCACCAUGCUGGCCGAUGGCAUUCCUAUCAUCUAUCAAGGACAAGAACAACAUUUCGCCGGCUCCGGUGUGCCGAACAACAGAGAAGCACUUUGGUUGUCAGGAUACUCGACUUCUUCGACAUUGUACCCAUUCAUCGGUACCUUGAACAAGAUCAGGAAACAGGCGAUUAAGCAAGAUACAGGAUACGUGACCUACAAAGCCGUCCCUGUAUACUCCGACGCCUCGACCAUAGUCAUGCGAAAGGGUACCACCGGCUCCCAAGUCGUCGGCGUAUUCACAAACAAAGGAUCUUCCGGUAGCAGCUCAUUCACCUUGACAUCCUCAGCCAGUGGCUUUACCGCUGGCCAGUCCAUCACCGAUGUCUUAUCUUGCACUUCUUACACCACCGACUCCAACGGCAAUCUCAAUAUCGCUAUCAGUGCCGGUCUUCCUCGCGUCCUGUACCCCACUGCCAAACUCACUGGUAGUGGUCUCUGUGGUGGGUCUUCGGGCUCUACAACUGCAGGUCCAGCACCUACUACCAUCAAGACUUCUACGACUACAGGUGGUGCUUGUAGCACACCCACUUCAGUCGCCAUAACCUUUUCCGAGAAAGUAGUCACGCAGUACGGUCAAAGUGUUAAACUCGUCGGCUCUAUUUCUCAACUCGGGGCCUGGAAUGCUGCGAAUGGUGUUGCUUUGUCUUCAGCUGGGUAUACGGCUAGUAAUCCUGUUUGGUCUGGGACUAUCAACCUCCCCGCCGGAACGAGUUUCAGUUACAAAUUCGUCAAGGUGAAUAGUGAUGGAAGCUUUUCUUGGGAGAACGAUCCGAAUCAUAGUUAUACUGUUCCUGCUAGUUGUGGCGUUACUACUGCUACUGUCAGUAAUACGUGGCAAGGAUAGGGUUUGCUUAGGAAGACAUGAUCGAUAUGGUGGUCUGCUCCGGAGGGUUUUGGUUGGAGGUUGUCUACUUGAGAUGGUUGAAAU